AUGGUGGCUAUGGGGCAAAGUAAUGACCUGAGACUUCUGCCUUGCACCAGCAAAGCUGUGCUACCUUUCUGUCUCCAGCUGAUGCUGGCCUGCUUUAAGCUCCAUGCCUUCACAGACAACAGUGAUGACCUGUCCCUUGGUCAUGUGGCUGUGCUCCUUCAGCACGACUGGCCUCAGGGCGAGUUGCUGUUUUUGAAAGCAGUUGAUAAGAUCUGUCAGCAAGGCAGCUUCCAGUACGAAAAUUUCUUCAACUAUGUCACCAACAUUGACAUGCUGGAGAAGUUUGCAUACCUGUGUACCCCAGAAGGGGGAAGGAUUCAGCUGGAGCCGCUGCCCAAUCAGGGGAUGCUCAUCCGACACCACACAGUGACUCGAGGAAUCACAAAAGGAGUGAAGGAAGAUUUCCGUCUGGCCAUGGAGAGGCAGGUGUCGAGGUUUGGAGAGAACCUGUUCAGCGUGCUUCAUCAUUUCUGCAUUGAGAAAAUCAUCAUCAUCCAGUCUCUGCCCUGA